AUGACAAGAGGAGCAGAAGAAGAGACAAUGGCAUGGAGUUACUUUUGCAGAGAUGUUGUGCCAUUUGCUGCAAUGGUCGCAGUGGAGUGUGUCUCGGUUGGCUCUAACACACUGUACAAGGCUGCGAGUUUGAGAGGAUUGAGCUUCUAUGUCUUUGUCUUCUACGUUUUCGCCUUUGCUACACUUGUUCUUCUUCCAAUUUUCCUCAUCUUCGGAAGGUCUAGAAAAUUACCUUCAGCUAAGUCUCCUGUCUUCUUCAAGAUUUUCUUACUUGCGCUUAUCGGGCUCAUGGCUCAGAUAGCUGGUUGUAAAGGAUUAGAGUAUAGUUCUCCUACGCUUUCCUCUGCUAUGAGCAACCUCACGCCAACUUUUACCUUCACGCUCGCCGUUCUCUUCAGGAUGGAACUACUAGUGUUAAGGAGCUCUGCGACUCGAGCUAAAAUCAUUGGGACAUUAGUAUCUAUAUCUGGUGCUCUGGUUGUUGUGCUAUGUAAAGGCCCAAAAGUUUUCGCUGCUGCAUCUUCAUCAUCUACCAUUUCGCUUCACCAGAAAAUGACUUCACUCAAGCCAAGCUGGAUAAUCGGAGGCCUUUUGCUUUCUUCACAAUAUUUUCUUUCAUCAGUCUGGUAUAUUCUUCAGACUCGGAUCAUGGAGGAAUACCCUGAAGAAAUAACUGUAGUGUUCUUGUACAGCUUAUGUGCAGCACUUAUCUCAGCACCGGUAUGUCUAUUUGCGGAAAAAGACUUGGCUUCUUUUCUACUUAAACCGGAUGUUUCCCUCGCUGCAGUCAUGUAUCAGGGAGGCUUAGUUUCAUCAUUUGGCGCAAUUAUACACACAUGGUGUCUGCAUCUGAAGGGUCCAGUCUAUUUAUCACUGUUCAAGCCAAUGUCUAUUGUCAUUGCGGUUGCUAUGGGUGCUAUAUUUCUCGGUGAUUCACUUUACCUUGGGAGUGUCAUCGGAUCAGUGAUUUUGAGCUUAGGAUUCUACACAGUGAUUUGGGGCAAAGCAAGAGAGGAAACUGUGGCUGGUUCUGAGCAGUCACCUUUGUUGGUUACACACAUCAUAGAAGAUGAAGCCUUUUCAUUAAGGAGUGACUGA